AUGUUGCAGAUGAAGUCCACACGGGAGCAACAAGUCUCAGAAUUGUUGAUCGCGAUUGCUAGAUUGAAAGAGUUAAUCUCCUCAAACUGUGAAAACACUCCAACACCAUCAGAGUUCCAGGGAGAUGACGCAGAAGUUCUAAAGAAGAAGCUGAAAAUUGCAGAAGAACAGAUCAUCCGAUUGGAAGACAAGUUGAAGGACAAUCGGAAAUCCCAGACAGAACCCAACUCUCAAGGUGUUGAGCUCGAGUUGAAUGCAGAGAGAACGUCCUGGGAAAUGAGAGAGGCAGCUCUGAUAUCGAGUGCAAAGAACUUCGAGGAGCAACAAGGAUCAUCGAAUAAUGUUAUUUCGACCUCUCCUGAGGCUGUGAAGCAAGACCAUGUUCUCGAGGGAAAAAUGCAAGAUGAAUUGAAAGGUAAAGAGAUGCUUAAACACCAGGUGAAGGUCCAACAGAAGAAGUGCGAGGAAUUAUCACCGAAGCAGUCGUCAGCAGCUCCCAAGUAUAUGUCUCGUUAUCAGCAGACAGAAUCCCUUUCGAUGGAGAGAGAAAGACUGAGUUUUCGAGUCGAUAAUCUUCAGAGGAACGUUGUGGGGCUGGAGCAAAAAACUGAGAAAGCCAUGAAAGUGACAGACGAUAAUAAUGAAGCAAACAACGGAGGGUUUGAUGUUGAAUUGUUUAAUAUCGAGUCUAUGGACACUGCUGCUAAUGAAGUGGUUCCGUGGCAAGGAUCAGAUGGGCAUGAACUUUCAUCAAAGAGUCCAUGUGACGUGGUUGCCGAGGGCCUUGAGAUAAUAACAGAGAUUGCCAGAUUGACAAACACAGUCCCUUCGAACUGUGGAGUCACUCCAACACUAUCAAAGUCUCAGGAAGAUGAAGCUGUGGUCCUGGCUCAAAAGCUAAAAGCUGCAGAGGAACAGAUAAUCGAUUUAGAACCCCAAUUGGAGGACAACUGCGCAGCAAAGCAAGUGCAAGUAGAAAUUGAUGUUCCAAAUAUGAUGCUCGGUGAAGCGAGCAUCAUACUUUUUAUCACAACGAUCAUGUCACGUGCGGAGACCCUCCACGAACUAGAUUCAUUGGAUUCCGUUUAUUUUACUCUCAGCCAAGCUGUGAGGCAAAAGGAUUACCUGAGGGAACAAAUAUCCAAUAUAAGAAAGAAAUUGAGAGAUCGAGAGAAGCUUAGGCAGAAGGUGAAGAUACUGCAAGAGAAAUGCCAAAAAUUAUCGCCAAAUAGGUCUUCAGCAGUUUCUGAGCAUAUGGUGUCUCGUUAUCAGCAGACAGAACCCAUUUCGAUGAGGGGAGAAAAUCUCAGGUCUCGGAUUGAUGAUCUUGAAAGGAAAGUUGAGGUAUUGGAGGGAAAAACCGAGGAAGCUAUAAAGGUAGGACAGGAUCCUAAUAGAGGAAACAGAAGACAACUCGAUGCUCAGAUGAUUACUGAUACGUGUCAGGAUGCCGCUGUCCAUAACGAGAUUCCGCGACAAGCAGAUGAUAAAUCGUUAUUGCGUAGACCAAGUGACCAGGUUGAUGAGAACUCUUUGGAAGCAGUGCAGAGAGAGCAACUAGCUCCAAAUCUCCUACUUAGAGUGGGAAUUCAUUACGUCCUACCUUCAGAUGAAAAAUUCUUCAAGAUCAAGUGGGAGAAUGAGUACACAUGUAAAGGAAAGUACCAUUAUGUCUGCAAUAGGUGCCAAAUUGGUGGACAGCGGAAGACAAAAAUGGAGGAUCACGUGUGGCUUGUACAUUAUGGCGGAUGCUUCAAGUGUCCCACGUGUUAUCUCCAUUAUCCAUCGUGUCUUGGAUCGAGAAAUAAUAUCGCAUUUCAUGUGGAUAGAAUUCAUCCCCUGAUGUUACGGGCCAGGGAGAGAAAACAUUACCAAGUCAAAGGAUGAUUGGUCAGUCUCUUGAAUCGUUAAGGAAUGACUACAGGCCAUUCCAUGAUCAUAUUGAUGAAAGUCACUCUUUUUUUUUGU